ACACACAAUUCGAAGUUAAAGAAAGGAUUUGAGAAAGAUGAAAGUUUCAGUAGGGAUCUCUCUCAUUGCCCUCUUGGCCUUGGCUUGCUCUUUUGCUUCUGCCUAUGACCCCAGCCCUCUUCAAGAUUUCUGUGUGGGUGUCAAUGAUACCAAACUUGGAGUAUUUGUUAACGGGAAAUUCUGCAAAGAUCCCAAGCUUGUGAAAGCUGAUGACUUCUUCUUCCACAUAAUGGAAGGCAACACAUCAAACCCAUUGGGUUCCCAAGUGACUCAAGUGUCUGUAAAUGAAUUCCCAGGACUCAACACUCUUGGUAUCUCUCUUGCUCGUAUCGAUUAUGCUCCCUAUGGUCUGAAUCCUCCCCACAUUCACCCUCGUGCCACAGAGGUGCUGACUGUCCUGGAAGGAACUCUCAUGGUUGGAUUUGUGGCCUCAAAUCAAAAUGACAAUCGUUUAUUUACUAAAGUACUCAACAAAGGAGACGUGUUUGUGUUUCCCUUUGGUAUGAUUCACUUUCAGCUCAACGUCGGCCAUGCCAGUGCUGUUGCACUUUCUAGUCUCAGUAGCCAAAAUCCAGGGGUCAUUACUGUUGCUAAGGCUGUGUUUGGAUCCACUCCUCCCAUCUCUCGCGAUGUUCUCACUAAAGCCUUCCAAGUUGACAAGAAUAUAAUUGCCUAUCUUCAAAAGCAGCAAUGGUACGAUAAUAACUAAACACGCUAUUCACUGCGUACCCAUUAUUGUUCUGUAAUAAAUAAAUAAAUCAGAUGCAUGCAACGAUCUUGUGUUGCAAGACAAUCAUGCAAAAUCAAUAUUCUAUCCUCAUGUAACUUCAUUUAUAUAUUUUUGGAAUAACUAAAUAUGUUGUGUUCUCUUUUACCUUGCACCUUGUUCUCCUUUCCAAUUUCCUCUGGCUUCCUGCACAAGUCGUACUGCUCACCUCAUAAUACCAUGUACUUAUACCUCUGUGAAGCCAACGUUCGACGUCUUAUCUGUUACGUACUUAGUUUUACUUUCGGUUUAGCUAAACAAAUAUU